GGUUUUUAAAGAGCUCAGUUACGUUUGUAGUUAAAUUAGAACAAAAUGAAAUUUUUAUCAAUCGUAAUUUUUUUAAUUUCUUACUUUGGAUAUUUUAAUCCAAUUUCUGGAGAAGGUAGUGAUAUACCUGUACCCAUUUGUUGUGAAGAUGCAAAGUAUACGAUUUCAAAGGAAUACAUAGAAGAAGCUCGAGUUUGUGAAAAAGAUUUACCUGCAUAUGAUAGUGAAGACAAAUUAUCUGGUUUAAAAUUAGGGGCGUGUUUCGCAGAAUGCUUGGGAAAUAAAGAGAAAGUGUAUGAUGGAAAAAACUUGAACAAAGACAAAUAUUGUGCAUACAUCAAAAAAAUGAUAACAGACAAAAAUUACGACCAAUUUGGUAAAACAAUAGAAAGUUCCUAUGAUGGUUGCAUGAAACAAGUCAUGGAUGAAAUUAAAAAUUAUGAUUCCGUUAAAUGUGACUUGACUUUUCUGGGAAUGCUUUUGUGCACUUCUAAUCGGGUAUUGAGUGAAUGCCCACCAGAUAAAUUUGUAAAAGAUGAAUUUUGUCAAAAAAGCUUAGACAUGAGCAAAAGUAUAAAUUCCACGCUUACAGCACUAUUAGAACAGUAAAAUAAGUUAUGUAACUUUUCUGUGCGGUAUAAAUGCGAUAUUAUCAAGAAGUGUAAUUUCAAGAGUGCAAAAUCCAGAUUGUUUUAUGUUACCAGAAUUUUAAACCACUCCCUGUUCGACUCAUGAGCUCUUUGUUGAACUGAAUUACUUUGUAUUAAAGUUUAAACCAGUUUUGACAUAAGAAGUUCAGAGUUAUACCAAAAUAGCAUUUCCUGAUUUAGCCCUUUUAUACCUAACAACAAAGAAUUACUAUUAUGGAAAAAUAAAUAAAUUUAACCAUG